AUGUUUGAUGUUGUUAGACAUUUCAAGUCCACCAAGCUCGUAAUCUUAAUCUCUAUUCCUCACCAGAUUAUUGUUGUCCUUGCCGUCAUCGCCGCCGUGAGUGCGCAAAGUCACUAUGGCCACCAAGAACACCACCAGCCUCAGCACUAUCACCAUGAGGAAGAGCACCAUGGUCCCGUCCACUACGAAUACCAUUACGAUGUGCACGAUGACCACACCGGAGAUGUGCACGGACAGCGCGAGGCUCGUAAGGACGAAUCCACCCAGGGCGAGUACUACCUGAUCGAUGCCGAUGGCCACAAGCGCACCGUCAAGUACCACGUCGAAGGAAAGAGCGGAUUCAUUGCCGAAGUCCACCGUGAACCAGUCAAGGGAUACCAGGCUCCUCAGCCGCAGCAUCACUACCAGCCUCAGUAUCAUCACGAGGCUCCUGCCCACCAUAACUACCAUCAUUAA